AGGCAAUAGUCUGCUGCAUCCUGUGUUGGUCACAGAAGUGGAAGUUACGUGGUUUCAGACUGAGCACUUGCUGUCCUAGAGGAAGGAACACUCAUUUGACUAGAUGCUAUCACCUUUCAAGAUGUGCUCCACAUCACUUCAUCUCCUCAUUGGUGCCUUACUUGUCAUUGCUGUUGAAAAUGAGGUCACAACAAUGAUAGACAGCAAAGAAACCACCACUGCUCUAGUUUCAAUGUCUAAUGACAACACCACCACAUUAAAUCAAACAUCAGCGGACUUUCCGAACAACCUCACUUCAGUCCCUCCAGACUCCAAUGUCACCCCGCUGAGCACGACGGAUGAGAAUACGCCAGAUUCGCCUACUCCUCAUCCUUCAGAUCAUCCACAGACCAACAAUGUCACCUCAGACGAUUCUCAGGAGAAUGUUCCAAAAUUCAGCACAAAUCAUCCACGGACCAACACUGUCAUCACAGAUGAUCCUCGGAAGAAUGUUCCAAAAUCCACCAAAACAACUCAAGCAAACACAGAUAAAGACAAAGGCAACGGACUAACUUACAUAAUUAUCCUGAUUAUUGUUGUCGUGUGCAUAUCUGGGGUAGUAGUUUAUUGUUGCCUUCAAAAGAAUUCCAGGAGGUACUCCGUGGACUUGCAUCCCAAACAGGAAGAUGCUCAUAUCCCACUCAGCACAGUGGAUGCAGAGGUGUUUGACACCACAUCAGACAAAGAUAUACAAACGUUUACUCCUGCUGAGUCCACCGAGCCGUUAAAGGACCCUGACCCUGCGAAGGAAACUGAAAAGCCAGAAGGAGGGAAAGAAUCGGUUGAUGUUAAACAAGAAAACCAACAAAAUUUGUCCAGCACUCAGGCCACGGUGAUCCCUAAGGACAAAACAGCAGAGCUGACUGUAGUGGAUAUGACUGAUGGAGAACCGACGAUCUCCACCAAGACCUCAAUGGAAUCCUUAGAUGAUGUUCUCAAUGAAAACAACAGCAACAAUUCAAGAACUAAAGAUAUCUGAACCUGACUGAUGGAUUUUUGAACCGGUAAAUAAAAGCUGCAUUGCAACAUGGAGAAAAAACUCAUUCAUUUGUAAAUUAUGUGAGUCUUCAUUUUCAUUUUAGAACAAUGUUAGUUGCAUAAGCUCUAAGAAAAAAGUCCAAUAAUAAUAAUAAUAAUAAUAAUAAUAUUAAUAAUAAUAAUAAUUCCCAUUGUACUGUGUUAAUAUGAAGGAAUAUUCUGUAUUGAUGUUUUGCAUUGAAUUAUGCAUUGCAUUGUGUUUUAGGGUUAAAGGAAAUGUCAGUAAACUUAAUGGAUCAUGUCCUGGCAGAAAAUUACUAGUAACUUUUCUAUUUUUCAAUAGUGUAACCAUUUUAAAUCUAAUUUAUGAAAAUCUAAUCUUAAAAGGAUAAGUUUGCUUAACUUCAACCAGCUUCACAUUGCUACAAUGCCGGUAGUUUAUAUAAAUAAAGUCUGCAUUAGAGUGCUAUAAUGCUUACAGUUCCUUUGCUGUAUGUAUGAUAUUGAUGCCUAUAACUGUAAACUGUAAAACAUAUAUAUUCAUAUAUAUAUAUAUAUAUAUAUAUAUAUAUAUAUAUAUAUAUAUAUAUAUAUAUAUAUAUAUAUAUAUAUAUAUAUAUAUAUAUGCUAAUACAACUUUCAUCACUGUACCUUUUUUUGAAUUCUGUUUUCUGUUUUCUGUUUUCCUUUUCUUGUUUAAAAUCUCAUGCUCAUUAUGUUUUGGGUUAAAGGCUAGUUUUAUUAAUUUGUAUUAAACUGUGUUUUGAUAAACCGCUGUAAACUACGCAGUCUUAACAUCUAUUGUUAGGUGCAACAUGGGUUUAUAAUCAACUGCUUCUCCCUUCUAAUAUCAUAAUGUCAAAUAAUACAAUAAAAUGUUGUCAUUUAUCAGUACUUGUAGUUUACCCAAAUCUUUUUCUGGAGUACCAGUCUCAGUUUUUAAAUUUUAUGUUUAAGGCUAUAUCUUCUGUAUAUCAAAUUCUGGCUUAUGGUACUAAAUAUUCUAAAUGUUCUGGCUGCCCAUUUACUCUGAUCAUUACUACAGCUACAAUAAUACCACUGCUGAGCUGUUGGAUGAAACCUUGUGUAAUUCUUGUGUAAGACUGAAUCUUAUGCAAUUUGUCAGAUGUAUGUUAUAUCUGUAAUAAAGCAAGAUUACUGUAUCAGAACUGCGUUACAAAUUGUUCUAACAAGCAGAUGCCAAAAUAAAUGGUUGGUUUCACAACAA